GCCACACUUCCAAUUGAACCGUAUUAAUAAACAACAGUCAAGGCCGCUAUGCGUUUUGAAACCCUGUUCUGAAGCCUCGGAAGGGGUUUGGGGAGGGGCCAGGUCCGUGUGGGCCUGAAGAGCUUGGUUGUAUCUGCUUAAAGGGUUAGACAGGCAAGGCAUCUUAUCAAUAGCCUCAUCCAGCAGCGUCCGGGGUGGAGCAACUCAGGUUACAUAUGCUUAGGAUUGGCUGAGAUGGAAGGCUCUCAGCCAAUAACCUCUAACCAAGGCUAGGAGGGGGCGUGGCACUUUGCCCAGAACCAAUGCACGAGCAACGGUGGAACCAUAGGGCGGAAGCAUCCUCGAGCCAAUCGGAAGUGCUGAAGAGUGGGCCUGACAGUCAGAGGUCCGCACUGGAGCCAUGAAUAUCUUGCCCAAAAAAAGCUGGCACGUCCGGAACAAGGACAAUGUUGCCCGUGUGCGGCGCGACGAGGCCCAGGCCCGGGAGGAGGAGAAGGAGCGUGAGCGGAGGUCGCUGCUCGCUCAGCAAGAGGCCCGUACAGAAUUCCUACGGAAGAAAGCCAGGCAACGAAACUCAGUGCCUGAGCUGGAAGCAGCAGACCCAAGAGCUCCAAGUUCUGGCCCUGUGGACCUGUUUAGAGAGCUGCUGGAAGAAGGGAAAGGAGUGCCCAGAGGCAAUAAAGAGCAUGAGGAAGAGAAGCGACAGGAAAAGGAGAGGCAAGAGAGAGCACUAGGCAUCUUGACGUACUUGGGCCAGAGUGCAGCAGAGGCCCAAACUCAACCGCCUUGGUACCAGCUCCCCCCAGGGCAAAAGGGCUGCCCUCCUGGCCCAAGCCCAGAUGAGAAGAUCAAGAACCGAUUGGAUCCCUUGAAAGAGAUGCAGAAGCACCUGGCAAAGAAAAGGCACAGCAGUGAAAGCCAUCCUUCCAGGGAGGAACGGCCUCAGAAACAACGGCCCAGAGAGCCACCUUCCCUAGAAAAGCUCCGUACUGAGCGUCUUCAGCGGGAAGCAGCUGAGAGAGCUCGAGCAGAGGCCCUACUGGUCAGGGUACAAAGCCAGGUAUCCCAGCAAGGUCAGGUGGAAGCAGAAGAGACAGAUGAACGGAGGCGGCGGUACAACUCCCAGUUCAACCCUCAGCUGGCCCGGCAACCCCGCCAGCAGAACCCAACUCCUGCCCGCUGAACUCUUUUGGGGGGACAGGGGAGGCCGUAGCUGCCAGCCGUCAUAUAAAACUAUUUAUUCAUAAAUAUUUUCCAAAAUGAAAA